CCAGCGGCGCGCCAGUGACCGGCGCUGUGGCGGCUUGGCGCAUGCGUGCGGCGCCGGCGGGGACAUGCGGGGCUGCGCGACACUGUCGGGGGAAUGAAAGCUGCAGGAAAUCUGUCAGGAGCUGAAUUUCUAGGGUCGUGAGAUACCACCAGAGAGCAGUGCACAAUGACAACUGCAGGAGUUGCUGCUCAGGAGAUGAGAGUCCAAUUAAAAAAUGGCUUUCUUCACACUAGUCAAGGCAUGGGGAGUCUGAAAACCUGCUGGGGUAGCCACAGUGGAUUUGAAAAUACUUUCUUUAAUGUGGACCCUAUAGCUGUGGCAUAUAACUUGAAUCCAUCAACAGAGCAACAUUUACCAUCCACUGGGCACUCUUCCAACCACGCUCUCACAAAUGACCACAGCUUUGCUGAAAACUGCAUCCAAGUCCCACCUCAGAGAUCCAGUCCACCUCCUCUAAGUCCCAAAACCGAGCAGCCUAUCUCAAGACCUGAAGACCACCUCAUUCCUAGCUUCAGCAAACUGUCAUUAACCAUGGGCUGUGUGUUUGAAGAAGCACAUCCUCACCUGCCAACAAAAAAUGGGCCAAUUCAAUUUCUGUCUGUGUCUUCCAGUGACCGUAGCUCCAGGCCUCUCCCUCCUCUGCCCAUUUCUGAAAGCCUUGCUCCAGAUGAGGUUGACAAGGAGGUGGAAUUCCUGACUAGCUCAGAUACUGACUUCUUGUUAGAAAGUUAUGAUCUUCCUCCUUUUAAAUCCAGCGCCCCGAGCCGGCGGAGCUUUAGAGGCUGUGGACAGGUCAACUAUGCAUACUUUGAUACACCAACAGGACCAAAACCAGAAGAUCCCAACCCUACACAAAGCCUCAGUGGAUACAUAUCCAGUAUUUAUCCUCCUCCACAGCAGCUGCAUCGACGUUUACGAAGGUCCCAUUCUGGGCCAGCUGGAUCUCUUAAUAAACCAGUAGUGAGACUAUCUGGACACUUAAACAGGUCUUCUCCAAACUCUGAUGAGGAUAAACCAGAGAUUCCACCAAGAGUUCCCAUACCUCCAAGGGCUCUCAAACCAGAUUACAGAAGAUGGUCAGCAGAAGUUGCUUCUAGUGCAUACAGUGAUGAAGACAGGCCUCCAAAAGUGCCCCCCCGAGAACCUCUGUCGCGCAGCAACUCCCGUACGCCCAGUCCCAAAAGCCUGCCGUCAUACCUCAACGGGGUCAUGCCCCCCACCCAGAGCUUUGCACCUGAUCCCAAGUAUGUCAGCAGCAAAGCUCUACAAAGACAAAACAGUGAAGGAUCUUCCAACAGGGUCCCUUGCAUUCUCCCAAUCAUUGAAAAUGGUAAGAAGGCCAGUUCAACACACUACUAUCUGCUGCCUGAAAGGCCUCCGUACUUGGACAAGUAUGAGAAGUACUUCAGAGAAGCAGAAGAAAGUAGCUCUAACACAGAGGUUCAGUCCUGGUCUGGUGACUGCACAGCCACUUCAGCCCCAGCAAAACUGGACUCAAAACCUAGAAUGGACAUAGCUGGUCACCUGAAACGAAAGCACCUGUCUUAUGUGGUUUCUCCAUAGUCUCUGGGAGCACAGUCUCAGCUCAGUUGUUCAGGAUGGCACUGAAGUUUGUCAUGUUACAAAGCUUUGAGGUUCUCAGAUAAUGAAGUAGGACCAGUUUGUCCUCCAAGAACUGGAAAAUGGAUGAAGUCCUUAUGCUGCAUAUCUCUGAUUUCUUUCUUAGGACUGUGGUUUUUUUUUGGUCUAGCUAUACAUAGCUGGAACCCUACAAAGGUUGCAUAGAAACAUGGAGGGAUAAUAGUCACAGUUGGCCAGUUAUAUGCUACCUAGAGGAUUGUAUUUGGUAGUCAUGUUAUCAACAACAACAAAUAAAAUCAAUCUGUCUUUAUUUAAGAGUUACUUAGAAAGCUGACAGCAGAUAAUGCAGUAGAGUUUUUUUUUGUAUCAGGCAUUUCCAGAAGGUUUUUUUUUUUUCCACACAGUUAACUGCUGAGAACAGACUAUUAUCUUUGACUGGCAUGUGCCAACCUGGUUAGAAGGUAACUGCAAGAUCUGAUAGCCACUUCAAGACUUGGCAAGCAUAUUGGAAGUGUGUUUCAAAAGAUGAAUCUAUUUUAAAACUUAAUUUGACACUAAUAGACUUUAAGUGAGUUAGGUUUUGUGGAUUCUUUCAGUUGCUAGACACACUUGGCUCAGUUUUGCAGUUUUUCCCUAGGAGAUAUUUGGACCAGCUACUACUAAGUCUCUGCUGCUUCUCUUUUCAUGCUGGAUCCAAGGAAAAGUGUGAAAGUGUCCUAAAAGUGGCAGAGGAUAGGAGCAACUUUGCAUUGCUGUUUAGGUACAUGCUCACCUAGAGUCUGAAAUUCUGACUGUAUUAAAUAGAGGAACACAGCACAAGCUGGUCUUGUGUUUAGGUUUCUGUUCAGUAUUUUAGGAGAGGAAGAGGGUAUGAGGAAAAAAACCCAACCCAACAAACGUGAUUCCAUUUACGAACAACAUCAGUCCCAUCUCUUACUGCUUCAGAUGCUGCUGCUUGCUGUUUUCUCCUCGUGCCUCAGCAAUCCACUGAAGUUCACUGAGGUGCCACAUUUGUGCAUUAGCAGUUUUCUCGUGCUCAUUUUGAUGACAUUUAUCUUCUUACAGAUAAGCACAAGAGAAAGGGUGCUCACGGAUGGGAGGCACAGAACACGAACGUGUUCCUCCUGACAGAAAUAAUCAGGCUGUUUACAGUUUAAACUGCUGAAUGAGAGGUUGGAGCUAUUUUAAAGCUUACUUUUUAUUUGUUUCAGUACAAACUAAAUGAAGGUGAAAUACAUGCUAUAGAAAUGCACUGAUAUUUCUGCAUUAUGUACAGUAUUGAAUAAAAAAGAAAAAGAAUUCACUUUGUAUUUUGAAUAUUGUCAUGAGUUUAAUAAAGUUACAAAAUAUUUAUGAUACAUUGGGGUUAUUUUUUUUUUUUUGCUUUAUUGACCAGUGUAUGAAUUUGUGCAUUUGAGUUCUGUGUUUACUGGAAAGUUCAAAGUGAGUCAUGCUAAAUGUGCAACGGAUGUGCAGCUUGGCCUGGUGUUCAAUGAAAGGCUGCAGAAGUGUUCAAUACCUGGCAUUGCACACCAUGAAUUUUAAUUGCUCCUUACUACCUGGUAGCAUGGUGAGUAGAGUUUUGUGCUGGCAAUAAAACAUUCUGUAAGAUAUAA